GAGUCGGCCGCCGCCGCAGCGCCUCCGCUCCGCCGACGCCGCCGGCUUCCCUGGGACUCCCCGACCCGCGAGGGCGCGGCGCGGCCGGGCAGCGGCUCUCUCGGCCUUGGCAACCCCGGGGGCCACUGUUUCCCACUUAGCCACGGCUCCAGCAUCCUCUCUGUGGGCUGUUCACCAACUGUACAACCACCAUUUCACUGUGGACACUACUCCCUGUUACAGACAUGGGAGACAUGGGAGAUCCACCAAAAAAAAAACGUCUGAUUUCCCUGUGUGUUGGUUGCGGCAAUCAAAUUCACGAUCAGUAUAUUCUGAGGGUUUCUCCGGAUUUGGAAUGGCAUGCGGCAUGUUUGAAAUGUGCGGAGUGUAAUCAGUAUUUGGACGAGAGCUGUACGUGCUUUGUUAGAGAUGGGAAAACCUACUGUAAAAGAGAUUAUAUCAGGUUGUACGGGAUCAAGUGCGCCAAGUGCAGCAUCGGCUUCAGCAAGAACGACUUCGUGAUGCGCGCCCGCUCCAAGGUGUACCACAUCGAGUGUUUCCGCUGCGUGGCCUGCAGCCGCCAGCUCAUCCCCGGGGACGAGUUCGCGCUGCGGGAGGACGGGCUCUUCUGCCGCGCCGACCACGACGUGGUGGAGAGGGCCGGCCUGGGCGCCGGCGACCCGCUCAGCCCCCUGCACCCGGCGCGGCCGCUGCAGAUGGCAGCCGAGCCCAUCUCCGCCAGGCAGCCGGCCCUGCGGCCCCACGUGCACAAGCAGCCCGAGAAGACCACCCGCGUGCGGACCGUGCUGAACGAGAAGCAGCUGCACACCCUGCGGACCUGCUACGCCGCCAACCCGCGGCCCGACGCGCUCAUGAAGGAGCAGCUGGUGGAGAUGACCGGCCUGAGUCCGCGCGUGAUCCGGGUCUGGUUCCAGAACAAGCGCUGCAAGGACAAGAAGCGGAGCAUCAUGAUGAAGCAGCUCCAGCAGCAGCAGCCCAACGACAAGGCCAAUAUCCAGGGGAUGACAGGAACUCCCAUGGUGGCUGCCAGUCCAGAGAGACACGACGGUGGCUUACAGGCAAACCCAGUGGAGGUGCAAAGUUACCAGCCGCCGUGGAAAGUACUGAGUGACUUCGCCUUGCAGAGUGACAUAGAUCAGCCGGCUUUUCAGCAACUGGUCAAUUUUUCAGAAGGAGGACCGGGCUCUAAUUCCACUGGCAGUGAAGUGGCGUCGAUGUCCUCUCAGCUCCCAGAUACACCUAACAGCAUGGUAGCCAGUCCAAUUGAGGCAUGAGGAACAUUCAUUCAGAUGUAUUUUUUUUUCCCUGUUGGAGAAAGUGGGAAAUUAUAAUGUUGAACUCCGAAACAAAAGUAUUUAACGACCCAGUCAAUAAAAACUGAAUCAAGGAAUGAAUGCUCCAUGAAAUGCACGAAGUCUGUUUUAAUGACAAGGUGAUAUGGUAGCAACACUGUGAAGACAAUCAUGGGAUUUUACUAGAAUUCAAACAACAGACAAAACCCAAACCCAACGUAACGCUAUCCAAUGACCUUAGGAGUACUGAAA